AUGCCUGAAACUGGAGAAUGUGGAGCAUGCUGCUGUAUCCAAUGGUGGCAAUUCGCAAGCUUCACGGCCCAGGAUGUUCAGCAGACAUGGGAGAAGUUCGUUCGUCGCCACUACCAUCACAGCCUCGACCAGAUCUCAUCAGUGUGCAAAAUCGCUCUGGUUCGUGGGUUCCUUGCCGUGCCCUGCUCGACUCGGGGAUCUCAACUGCAUAUCAUUACUUAUCGCCUCGCACACUCGCUUCAGUUGCCGAAUGUCAAAUCCACGGCCACUGUAUCUGGACUUGGAGACUCUAAAUUUUGCUCGGAUGGUUUUUCGGUAAAUAUUACUCUAAAGUCUCAAGCUUCAGAUUUCGUCUCCAGUAUUUCGGUUUUGGUUGCGCCUGCCAUCACGGACGACCAGCCUAGCUUCACUGUCAGCCCAGAGGACUGGAACAUACCCUCCAACAUUCGCCUGGCCGAUCCACAGUUCUUCAGAUCGCAAAGAAUUGACUUAUUAAUUGGAGCAAGUCUAUUCUUUGAGCUAUUAUGUGUUGGCCAAAUUAAGUUGUCUGAUGGGCUCCCUCUGUUGCAAAAAACCCGAUUGGGAUGGGUUGUCAUUGGCGGAGGAUCAGCGCCACGCCAGUCAGCGGCCUUGGCUGUCCAAUCUAUUGCAGGGACGUUAGUCGGAGAUGACCCUGGUCUGGAGAGCGUUGUGCGGAAGUUUUGGGAAGUGGAAAACGUUGGAGAGUCUGGAUCUCAACGUACCAAAGAGGAACUCGAUUGUGAAGCUCAUUUCAACGCCAACUUUACUCGUCUGCCGUCAGGAGAAUACUCGGUUCGCCUGCCAACUAAACAUAGUGUUGAAAUCCUGGGAGAUUCAUAUCAACAAGCUUAUCGUCGCUUCGUCAACCUGGAGAACAAACUUGUUCGUCAUCCUCAUCUCAAAGCGCAGUACUCGGCAUUUAUUCGUGAGUACCUCGAUCUGAAUCAUAUGUCUCUUGUGGAUUUAGACUCACGGAAUUUAUGCAAGUUUUAUUUGCCACAUCACUGCGUCAUUAAAGAGGAUAGCACAACUACUAAGCUGCGUGUUGUCUUUGAUGGGUCUGCCAAAUCGUCGUCUGGAUACUCAUUAAAUGAGGUGCUCAUGGCAGGGCCCACCUUGCAGCUGAGAUUGUUCAACACCUUAACCGGUGAUAUUUGCAAAAUGUAUAGAUGCGUUCGGUUUGCUGAGCCGGAUAGCUACUUGCAAUGCAUUUUGUGGCGUGACUCACGGCAAGAGGAAAUUCGUGUUUAUAGGCUGGACACUGUCACCUAUGGAACUAAACCUGCCUCGUUUCUGUCAGUUCGAGCCAUGCAUCAGUUGGCAGAGGAUGAGAAGGCAUCGUUUCCCCUUGGCGCCAAAAUACUUUUGCGAGAGGCGAGGCAACUUGACACAAGACGUCUUGAAGAUCAUGCGGCAGACCACUGA